CUCUUCGGCGUCCACCUCUCUCCACCACAAAAAGGCAAAGGAGGCUAAUUUUAAGCCAAUUCCCACCUUCCCACGACUCCGAGGGCCGGCAGCAAUGUUGAAGAAGCAACGAAUGACAGCGAGAACGGAACCUAUUCUCGUGAACUGCUGAAUCGUACCAUACUGGUAGUCUUAAACCGCAGAGCAGCGCAAUGGCCACGGCGGGAGGAGUGGCCCUGGGCUUGGGUCUCCCCACCUCCUCCUCUUCUUUCCUCUCCGGUUGCUAUCACAAGAGCAGUCUUAAAUUAAAUCGCAGCAACAGCGCGUUCGGCGGCCGCCGGCGGAAGCAGUCCGCCGCCGGUUCCACAACCACCAGGGCGGCGGCAUGGCCCGUGCUCGAUGAUCUCUUCUUGGCGGUCGGCGUUGGGCUCCCUUGCACGGUGAUGGAGUGCGGCGACAUCAUCUACCGCAGCACCCUCCCCCGGUCCGAUGGCCUCACCGUCACGCCUCCCGGCCUCGCCCUCGCGCUCGCCACCGUCUCCUACCUCUGGGCCACCCCUGGCGUCGCCCCCGGCUUCUUCGACAUGUUCGUCCUCGCUUUCCUCGAACGCCUCUUCCGCCCCACCGUCCGCAAGGAUGAUAUCGUCCUUGGGAAGAAGCUGGGCGAAGGCGCCUUCGGCGUCGUCUACAAAGUUUCUUUGUCUGAUCCCAAGGCCGCGUCCAAGCAAGGUGAUCUGGUGUUGAAGAAGGCGACGGAAUAUGGUGCGGUGGAGAUAUGGAUGAACGAGCGCGUGCGGAGGGCCUGCGCGAGCAGCUGUGCGGAAUUUGUCUACGGCUUUCUUGAGAAAAAAGCGAAAGGCAAAGGAGCAGGUGAGUAUUGGCUCAUAUGGCGUUUUGAGGGCGAGGAAACCCUGGCUGAUCUGAUGCUAAGCAAAGAGUUUCCCUACAAUGUAGAGACAAAGAUACUUGGAGAGAUCCAAGAUCAGCCAAAGGGGUUAGAGCGAGAGAAUAGGAUUAUCCAAACAAUCAUGAGACAAAUUUUAUUUGCUUUGGAUGGUCUGCAUUCAACUGGGAUAGUUCAUAGAGACAUGAAGCCCCAAAAUGUAAUCUUCUCUGAAGGGUCUCGCACCUUCAAAAUCAUCGACCUUGGGGCUGCAGCAGAUUUGCGAGUGGGCAUCAAUUAUAUUCCAAAGGAGUUUCUUUUGGACCCAAGGUAUGCUGCACCUGAACAAUACAUCAUGAGUACACAAACACCUUCUGCGCCCUCUGCUCCAGUGGCAACUGCAUUGUCUCCAGUCCUAUGGCAGAUGAAUUUGCCUGACAGAUUUGACAUGUACAGUGUGGGGCUUAUAUUCUUGCAAAUGGCAUUUCCAUCAUUACGAACCGACGGCAGCCUCAUACAAUUCAAUCGCCAGCUCAAGAGGUGUGGAUAUGACUUGAAUGCAUGGAGAACAUCAGUAGAACCUCGUGCUAGCCCAGAACUCCGAAGGGGCUUUGAAUUGUUGGAUUUUGAUGGGGGAAUUGGAUGGGAGCUUCUCACAUCAAUGGUCAGAUACAAAGCAGGGCAAAGAACCAGUGCCAAAGCUGCCUUAGCACAUCCAUACUUCAACCGUGAAGGACUUUUAGGUCUUUCAGUCAUGCAAAACUUAAGGCUUCAGUUUUUUCGUGCUACUCAAAAGGACUAUAGUGAAGCUGCCAACUGGGUCAUCAAACUCAUGGCAAGAUCUGGGACAAAGACAGAAGGUGGCUUCACAGAAGCCCAACUUCAAGAGAUGAGGGAAAUUGAGCCAAGAAAGGGGGGUGCUCGAAGGAAUGCCCUUGCAUCCAUUCUUCGUCUCCAGAGGAAAAUCGUAAGAACACUCAAUGAGAGCAUGGAUGAGUUAAACAGGCAGAGAAAAAGUUUAUGGUGGAGCAGGUGGAUUCCCAGGGAAGAAUGAGUAGAAACAUAUGUUGUCCACCGUGUAAAUUUUUCACAGUAGCAUCAUAAUUUACUGUUUUGAUUAAUGUUUCGUGAUGAAAUCUUAAGUGGUGAAUGUAUAUAUGGGCAAACAUGAUGGAAAUGAUAACAAAUCAAUAUUUGCCAUUGCCACUGUUCA